AUGGAAUGUCUUAUAGAUGGCUUAAAUUUUUUGAUUUCACAAAUUCCAUAUGAAGUUUUUACUUAUAGUGAACAAAACCCAAUGUGUUUUGAAGGCACUCCUUCAAAUAUGUUUCCUUAUAUGAUUGUUAAUAUUGGAUCUGGUGUUAGCAUAUUAAAAGUUACAGCUAUGGAUAAAUUCGAACGUAUUUCUGGAACAUCUUUAGGUGGUGGUACAUUAUGGGGAUUAUUAUCUUUGUUGACUGGAGCAAAAUCUUUUGAUGAAAUGUUAGAAUCUAGUAAACAUGGUGAUAACAUUAAUGAUAUGCUGGUUGGUGAUAUUUAUGGAACUGAUUAUUCAAAGGUUGGGCUUAAGGCCACAACAAUUGCUUCAUCUAUGGGAAAAGUGUUCAAAAAGAAUAAUAAUAUGAUUAUUGAUGGAACCUUUGGUUCAUACGCUAAUGUUCAUAUGGGAUAUGGUGGUUAUGUCACCAAUGCGAAUGAAUUGUAA